AUUUAGCUAUUUCUGUAAGUAAAAAGGAAUACAUUAAUUGUGUUCUCCUUUCUUCUUAAAAAAUAAAAAAGCCUAAUGGAUGCCGAAGUCAUCCGUCCCUGGGGCUGCUUUCCUAAAUGAAGGUUCCCCCAGUCUGAGAACACGAAUAGUUCAUUCUUCAUUAAUCACCUAGAAGGGGUAUUCCACGGAACCCAAGGAGAGCCAGAAAUGAAGGGGGCGUGUCUUCCUGACUCUUACCCCACCACCGCAGCUGGAAAUGUGGGCUUUGCUUGCUGGUGACAUCAUUCCGCAGGUGUACAUCUCUGAAGUAAGAUGAUGUGUCAGAAAUUCUAUGUGGUUUUGUUAUACUGGGAAUUUCUUUAUGUGAUAACUGCACUUAAUCUGGCAUAUCCAGUCUCUCCCUGGAAAUUUCAGUUGUUUUGUGCACCACCGAAUACAACCAAUGACUCCUUUCUCUUGCCUGCUGGAGUCCCAAACAAUGCUUCAGUUGUGAAGGGGGCUUCUGAAGCAGUUGUUGAAGCUAAAUUUAAUUCAACUGGUAUCUACAUUUCUGAGUUAUCUAAAACAGUCUUCCACUGUUGCGUUGGGAAUGAGCAAGGUCAAAACUGCCCUGCACGCACAGACAACCCUGAAGGGAAGGCACUGGCUUCAGUGGUGAAGACUUUAGUUUUUCGCCAGCUAGGUGUAAACUGGGACAUAGAGUGCUGGAUGAAAGGGGACUUGACAUUAUUCAUCUGUCAUAUGGAGCCAUUACUUAAGAACCCCUUCAAGAAUUAUGACUCUAAGGUUCAUCUUUUAUAUGAUCUGCCUGAAGUCAUAGAUGCUUUGCCUCUGCCUCCACUGAAAGACAGUUUCCAGACUGUGCGGUGCAGCUGCAGUGCUGGGGAGUGUGAGUGCCACGUGCCGAUACCCAGAGCCAAACUCAACGACGCUCUUCUGAUGUAUUUGGAAAUCACAUCAGCUGGUGUGAGUUUUCAGUCACCUCUGAUGUCACUGCAGCCCAUGCUUGUUGUGAAGCCCGAUCCACCCCUAGGUUUGUGUUUGGAAGUCACAGAUGAUGGUAAUUUAAAGAUUUCUUGGGACAGCCAAACCACAGCACCAUUUCCACUUCAAUAUCAGGUGAAAUAUUUAGAGAAUUCUACAACUGUAAGAGAGGCUGCUGAAAUCGUCUCAGCUACAUCUCUACUGGUAGACAGUGUGCUUCCUGGAUCUUCAUAUGAGGUCCAGGUGAGGAGCAAGAGACUGGAUGGCUCAGGAGUCUGGAGUGACUGGAGUUCACCUCAGGUCUUUACCACACAAGAUGUUGUGUAUUUUCCACCCAAAAUUCUGACAAGUGUUGGAUCGAAUGCUUCCUUUCAUUGCACCUACAAAAAUGAAAACCAGAUUAUCUCCUCAAAACAGAUAGUUUGGUGGAUGAAUCUAGCUGAGAAAAUCCCUGCGAUACAGUAUAGCAUUGUGAGUGACCACGUUAGCAAAGUUACUUUCUCCAACCUGAAAGCCACCAGACCUCGCGGGAAGUUUACCUAUGACGCAGUAUAUUGCUGCAAUGAACAGGCGUGCCAUCACCGCUAUGCUGAAUUAUAUGUGAUCGAUGUCAAUAUCAAUAUAUCAUGUGAAACUGACGGGUACUUAACUAAAAUGACUUGCAGAUGGUCACCCAGCACAAUCCAAUCACUAGAGGGAAGCACUGUGCAGUUGAGGUAUCGCAGGCGCAGCCUGUAUUGUCCUGAUAGACCAUCUAUUCAUCCUACGUCUGAACUCAAAAACUGCAUCUUACAGAGAGAUGGCUUUUAUGAAUGUGUUUUCCAGCCAAUCUUUCUAUUAUCUGGCUAUACAAUGUGGAUCAGGAUCAACCAUUCUUUAGGUUUACUUGACUCUCCACCAACAUGUGUCCUUCCUGACUCUGUAGUAAAACCACUACCUCCAUCUAAUGUAAAAGCAGAGAUUACUAUAAACACUGGAUUAUUGAACGUAUCUUGGGAAAAGCCAGUCUUUCCAGAGAAUAACCUUCAGUUCCAGAUUCGAUAUGGCUUAAGUGGAAAAGAAAUACAAUGGAAGACACACGAAGUAUUCAAUGCAAAAUCAAAGUCUGCCAGUCUGCUGGUGUCAGACCUCUGCGCCGUCUAUGUGGUACAGGUUCGCUGCCGGCGGAUGGAUGGACUAGGGUAUUGGAGUAACUGGAGCAGUCCAGCCUACACACUUGUCAUGGAUGUAAAAGUUCCUAUGAGAGGGCCUGAAUUUUGGAGAAUAAUGGAUGGGGAUGAUACCAAAAAGGAGAGAAAUGUCACCUUGCUUUGGAAGCCCCUGACCAAAAAUGACUCACUGUGUAGUGUGAGGAGGUACGUGGUGAAGCAUCGUACUGCCCACAAUGGGACAUGGUCAGAAGAUGUAGGAAAUCAGACCAACCUCACUUUCCUGUGGACAGAACCAGAACACACGGUUACAGUUCUGGCCAUCAAUUCCAUUGGUGCUUCCCUUGUGAAUUUCAACCUUACCUUUUCAUGGCCCAUGAGUAAAGUGGGUGCUGUGGAAUCACUCAGUGCUUAUCCCCUGAGCAGCAGCUGUGUCAUCCUUUCCUGGACACUGUCACCUGAUGAUUAUAGUCUGUUAUACCUGGUUGUUGAAUGGAAGAUCCUUAAUGAAGAUGACGGAAUGAAAUGGCUUAGAAUCCCUUCAAAUGUUAAAAAGUAUUAUAUCCACGAUAAUUUUAUUCCCAUUGAGAAAUAUCAGUUUAGUCUUUACCCAGUAUUUAUGGAAGGAGUUGGAAAGCCAAAGAUAGUUAAUGGUUUCACCAAAGAUGCUAUCGAUAAGCAACAGAAUGACGCAGGGCUGUAUGUCAUUGUACCCAUAAUUAUUUCCUCUUGUGUCCUACUGCUCGGAACACUGUUAAUUUCACAUCAGAGAAUGAAAAAGUUGUUUUGGGACGAUGUUCCAAACCCCAAGAAUUGUUCCUGGGCACAAGGACUCAAUUUCCAAAAGCCUGAAACAUUUGAGCAUCUUUUUACCAAGCAUGCAGAAUCAGUGAUAUUUGGUCCUCUUCUUCUGGAGCCUGAACCCAUUUCAGAAGAAAUCAGUGUCGAUACAGCUUGGAAAAAUAAAGAUGAGAUGGUCCCAGCAUCUAUGGUCUCUAUUCUUUUGACCACACCAGACCCUGAAAUUGAUUCUAUUUGUAUUAGUGACCAGUGUAACAGUGCUGACUUCUCUGGGGCUCAGAGAACCCAGGUCACCUGUGAGGAUGAGUGUCAGAGACAACCCUCAGUUAAAUAUGCAACUCUGGUCAGUAAUGAUAAACUAGUGGAAACUGAUGAAGAACAAGGGUUUAUACAUAGUUCUGUCAGUGAGUGCAUCUCCAGUAAGCCUUCCCCACUGAGACAGUCUUUCUCCAGCAGCUCCUGGGAGACAGAGACCCAGACAUUUUUCCUUUUAUCAGAUCAGCAACCCAACAUGAUUUCACCACAACUUUCAUUCUCGGGGUUGGAUGAGCUUUUGGAACUGGAGGGAAGUUUUCCUGAAGAAAAUCACAGGGAAAAGUCUGUCUAUUAUCUAGGAGUAACCUCAGUCAACAAAAGAGAGAAUGAUAUGCUUCUGACUGGUGAGGCAGGAGUAUUGUGUCCAUUCCCAGCCCAGUGUCUGUUCAGUGACAUCAGACUCCUCCAGGAGAGUUGCUCACACUUUGUAGAAAAUAAUUUGAAUUUAGGGACCUCUGGUAAGAACUUUGUACCUUACAUGCCCCAAUUUCAAACCUGUUCCACGCACAGUCAUAAGAUAAUGGAGAAUAAGAUGUGUGACUUAACUGUGUGAUCUCAUCCAAGAAGCCUCCAGGUUCCAUUCCAGUAGAACGUUUCAUGUAUAAUAUGUUCUUUUAUUGUUGUUGAUAUGGGAGACAAGUGUCAGUGUCUAGUUUGAAAAUUAUUGUUUCCAAAUUAAGUGUGUCUAUUUUCUCUCAGUAAUACAGAUGAAACAUAUGAGGAAGCCUUCAUGAAUCUAGUAAUGUUGAUGGACUAUUAUUGAAUAUACUCCCAAGAUAUCCUUGUGGGGAAGCUCUCCUAAUUCUAGCUAAAAACAAAUCCAGGAAGUAGAAUCUGUAUAAACAUCUGAAAUCUGUGGAAAGAACAAAUUUCGACAUUAUAUUGACAGCUGAAAAAAAAUGGUUUCAAGCUAACAUCCAUGAGACACACUUGUUUCAAGGGUUUAUUUGUCUUACCUUGCAUUGUCUUGUGUUGUGCAAAUGCACAUGUGCACGUACAAAGCUAAACUGAAUAGGUAUCCUUGUGUGUUUUGGAAGUAUGUGACAUGUUUCUAGUUUGUGCCUCCUGACUGUGUUAUUUGAAGUAUCACUCCAUCAAAUGUUGAAUUUAGGUUGAGAAUUGAACCCUAGUCUAAGAAGUUACUCUUUUGAAGAGGAAUGGGUUAACUAAUCCUUUGGCAACAAAGCAGGGAUCCAUGAUAUCAGAUGAAAGCAAAACUAGAAUGACAGUCUUGUCACCAGCAUUUAGACUGCAGCGUGAGCAGCUCUGAGACUUAGCCAGCUUUAACUCUCCAUUUCACUGAAGUGAUGACUUCCGGACAGAUGUCACUCCUUACCAUUCUAGAAUCAUAUCCACCCCCCUCCCCAAUCUGUACUGGGUUGGUGUAUAAAUCAAUCACUGUACUUCACAGGUUGCAUAAUUUAGCUUUAUUACAACAAUAAUUGCACAAGAUACAUGCUGUACAUUCCCACUAUAUUAUUUCUCCCCAGUUAAAAAUGAUGUGAUUAAAUCAUUUGCCCAAAGUCCGAGAUUUAAUGGUUGAUGGAACCAGAAUUCAGAUUUAACUCGCAUCUUUUUAAUGGUACGGAUAAAAUUUUAAUCUGAAUCUUACAUUGCCAUCCUUAAAAACAAAACACCUGAUGUUAUCUAAGAAUACCUAAAAAGAGGAAACAUGGUGUUAGGCAAAUAACUGAAACCUGGUCUUGGACUUGAAAACUAGUGUGGCGAUGCAUUAUUCAUUGCAGUGUUUGAUAUGGCAAGAUGAUUCAAUGAGAGCCUGGCAAAUAAGUCAAAACUCCUUCAUACUCAGAAGUUCAAAUGUCAAGAAUUCUAAGAAUAUCAGAAUCAUCAAUGCGAGUAUAUUAGUGCUUAUGAAUAUGGUUAUGUUUUGCCAAGCAUCACCAGCAUCUUAGGCUAACCUGACCCUGGCUUGUUGAUUUUACCAUUAACCUAAGUAAAUCCUGCCAUGUCCUCUUUAUUCCAAUUAUAGCUUUAUGACUGAGAAGUCCUAGUGAUAAGAGAGAUCCCUGACCCUAGUUAGGCUUGUUUUCAUUUGAUGUUCAGAAGUCAUCAAAGUUCUCAUAUGUCCUGAGUUAGUAAGAUGUCUCAGGGUCCCCCCAUCAGCUGACAACUGCUUUGUCAUGAGAAGGCAGAGGGUUAAAGAACAUUACUUGGUGUUUUACUUAAAGAUAUGAGAAAUUUUUUGUUUCUACUGGUUUUCAGUAACAAAUUAUCACAUGUUAAAAUUCAGCUAUCAUAUUUAAUAUGAUAUUAUGGCUAUUUUAGUCAGGUCAGGAGUACAUUUGGUAUGUGAUCUACAGUGAAUUCACAGGUCAAGGGUCAUUUAAUGCUGCAGUUUGAGUUAGAGUAAUCUAGGGACAGCCUAUUGGUCUGAGCUAAUUGAUGCUGUGCUAGCACAAGUUUGGUUUUUUAAAACAAAGGAAAUUAGAUGAGAAAGACUGUGGUCUUUAGCCAAGUUCAGAACAGGGGCUGAAGUAUAGAAACUGGCCGAUGUACACCCACACAAUAAGACUGUAUUUCUUGUCAGUGAGCUUUGUGUCUGAUUUUCACUUUGGAAACUUUAUUUCACUGUUCCUACACUUUAGUUCCUGUGUCCUUGUGAAAAUUGUUACUAAAUCAAGUUUUGUAAAAUGUAAAGGGAAUCUAUGAUGUUUGGUAACCCAGAAUAAUGUUAUAUUUCUAUAUAUAGAAAUAUAUAUAUAUAUUAUAUAUAUAUAGAAUUCCCAAGAAUUCUAUAAAAUUUUCAAGAGAUCAAGGAGUUCAACAUACAUUUUAGAGUUUUGUUUUAUUGUAGCAUUUGGCGUUUAUUUAUGGGUUAUCAGUGUUUGGAUAUGAAUCUAGGCCUCACACAUGUCUGGCAAGUGUUCUAACACACUGAGAUACAACUUCCAACUUUGGAAUCUAAAUGACCUUCAAUGAAUAUGGAAAUUUGAGUAUAUCCUUUAAAAGCCCUAAAUUGAAAAGCGACAAGUCUCUUUAAAUUCAAAUUUUACAGAAAGAGAACCAAUCAUUUGAGCUAUGGCUUCAAAAUAAAACUACAAGAAUAUAAAUUAUGUGUUAGGACUAGCAAGAUUUUGUUUGUAGAUUAAAUGCACACUCCCAAGGAAAAAGGUGAACAAACAAAAGUACACUGCAUCUAUAGUCCUACAGUUGUGCUCCUAUUGCAGCCUUAUGUUCCACUUACAGAUGCUCUGCAGUUGACAAGUUGACAAGAGAUGUCCCUUCCUCCCUAAAUCAACUGUCAGACACCAGAAGGAUUUGAGUCAAGUUCCCAAGCCAGUGGAAGAGCCUGGGCUUGGAGUCAGGAUCUCCUAGUCUUGACAGUCUUGCAGUUCUUUUUAUCCUUUUCUAGUAAAACUAAUCUCUUUCUUGCAAAUAUGAAAAAUAUGUUUACAUUUCUUCAGUAGUGAGGAUAUUAGCUACCAAGAGCUGCAGGAAAACAAAGUUUGGGCUGGGAGAAUUGUGGGGUGUGCACCCAGGAAGUAUUGUCAGCAUACUGUUGAAUCAAGACCUACUCCAGCUACAACUCUAUGUCACCUAGCAGUGGGUAUUAACAAACUUCUCAUUUCCAGUGAUCUUCAGAAGAAUUUUAAUCUUUCUUCAUCUUCCAAGACUCAUCUUGACAAUUAUUUUAUGGAGCAUCCUGAAGUAAUUCCUGAGAAACCCUAUUCUCCAAUUUGAAAGCACAAAAUUAAAUGGCCUACUGUUCUGUGAUUAAGCUGAGAUCUCAUGUGAGAUUGCCCUCAAUCGUAGCUACAAAGCAUGUGAAGAUCCAUCAGUAAGUUUACUCUCUUGAGCCUCUAGUUUGGAAGAGUAAAGUGCUUCUGCUCUCAUCAUUGUUGAGGGAUCAACUUAACUUACAACUGUUUUACCACUGAGACACUGUGACAUGUCUUUGUAUAAGCAGACUGAAGGGGAUUCCAUGGAUGGGGUUUUAUAUGGAAUGAAUUAUUUUUAUACAAAAUUUACCAAUAUUUAUUUUGGAAAGCUGCUUUUGAAAAUGUCUAUUUUUCAAAAUAUGCCGAGCUUAAGAUGCAUGAUAUUAAAUUUAAUGUUCUAAAGAUCUCUGUUUGUUGUAAAUAAAACACUUUAAUCAAAAAACAUGACCUGAAGAUAAACUUGGAAGAUGUUUAAUUUUGUAGUGAAAUUCCUAUGUUGUACAUCUUCUACUCCUGAGACAUGUGUCUAAGUACUGGGCAAGGAAAGCUCCCUGUUUAAUGACAAUUUGUAUCAUAAUAAAUGUUAUGAAUGUAAGCAUUGA